AUGGGUGGCAGGAGGUGUGCAUGUUGCACGACAUGUCCCUGUUGCCCAGGGUAUAAUUGGUGCGUUGUCUGCUUAAGAUGGCAACGAUCCUUGUUUAGCAAACAAUCAAAGGAAUGCUGCAUGUGUUGGCGUUUCCUGUUCUCCAGUGAACGGAACUGUGACUGCUGCCACUGCCCACAUGUCGAAGAUUCAAGGUGCCAGUGGUGCCACUGCUCAUGUGCAGAGAACCCUAAUUGCCGCUGCUGUUGCUGCUCCUGUGCCAAUAACAGACACUGCAAGUGGUUGUGUUGUACGGAUGAGAACAAUGACUGCCAGUGCUACGAAAGCAGAUGCUGCAAUUACCUCGCCUAUUUACCGUACAGGCACCGGUAUAGAGCCAAACUGCGCAGAAUGGAAGGCGAUCCAUCUGCAAUUUCACUGGAAAAGGAACCAUCAGGACAUGCAUUUAUUGAUCAGCUUAUUUGUCCAGUGUGCCAACGGUUGUUUCUCCGCCCAUUCAUGUUGCCAUGUAAUCACUGCAUUUGCGAUCAGUGUAUAAUGAGGACCCAACUUAGGUCCGAGGUCACAGAAAACUUCUACAUCAUCACAUGCCCAACUUGCAAGAAAGCACACUUCCUCCCAUUUGCUAAGAAAAUACAGCUGAGGAUGAAUUACCUAAGGGCCAGAUUGGCUAGGGCAUAUAUGCGCCGAUAUGGUUUCCUAAGGUGGAGGUUUGACAGAAGCCAUGAACCAGUUUAUUGCCAACUUUGCGACCUGCGGCGCAAGGCCACCAAGAGAUGUGUGACAUGUCAACUGAAUUACUGUAACAUUUGCUUGAGGAACUUUCAUCAGGAUGUCUCCUAUCAAAAUCAUGUCUAUUCCAAAAUCGGUGAUGAAAUCUGGGAAGAAAAAAACUGCCUGAUACAUGCUGAUUCAAUGCUCUCCAAAUACUGCCUUGAUGACCAUGAACUAAUUUGUGAAUAUUGCGCUGAUGCACAUCACACUGAUCAUGAUACAGCUGCUUUGCCAGUGGCAUGUUCGAAAAUGUCUGGUGAAUUAUUCAAUGCUAUUGCAAAGUUUAAAAAAGUCCGAUAUGUCAUUGAUAACGAUCUAAUGGAGAUCCUUGUAUUAAAAAACAAUUUUAAGUCCUAUAAAGAAACGAAAAGGAGGGAGAUCAGGAAUGGUUUCAUCAGGUUACGGAACAUACUUCUGGAUCGAGAGAAAGACAUGAUGGAGGCAGUAGAAAACCUUGAAAUUCAAAAACAGCAGGCACUUUAUGAGUUUGCAGAAUACACAGCAAAGAAAAUUCACGAGAUGGACAGCCUCAUGCAGUAUUCCAAGGAAGCUUUAAAGGAAAACAGCCAACUUGCAUUCCUUCAAUCUGCAAAUUCCCUUAUAAAUGAAAUAGAAGACUCAAUGGCUAAUAUUUACCAACCUAGCCCACAUCUCAGGGAAGACCCUAUUAAGCAUCUUAAAGUCAACUUUGAUGAACUUGCAGCCAACUUAGAUGGCAUUUUCCCAUCAUUUACAACUAGACAAUAUUAUGAAAAACUAAACAAAUGCCCUUAUCCUUGCAGCUCUGAUGUUAUGAUCCCAAGGCUUGUUUCCAGUGCGCACGUUCCAAACGCACUAGGAAUGAACCGAAGUCAGUCUUUAGCAUCCUUUGCUUCAUUGGCUGAUAGAAGUACAAUAGGCAGUGAGAUGGGUAUAAGGCCCAAAUCAUUACCUCCUAAUGUGAGAGAUAGUGGCAUGUAUGCAGUUUGGCAUGCGUCACCAGAUGCUGCAAGAAAUGGAAGAAGCUAUGAAACCCGUGGUAUUUAUUACAAUCCAGAAUUACUUGAAGAACCUCCUUCUUCAAUUCCUGGCCUUGUUGUUGUUUACCAAACACUUGUCUAUCCCACUGUGGCUAAGAUUUACUGGACGUGUCCUACAGAACAAGUAGAGAGCUUUGAGGUUGCUUAUUAUGAAGUAAUUGAUGAAGGUGCAGCUGAAAAUUUAAUCCAGCCACAACUUGUAGGAGUACUGACAGGGAUUGUACAACAGAAUCUGGAAAUACAUAAUCUGACACCUAAUACAGAAUACCUCUUUAAAGUUCGAGCUGUCAAUGACAAUGGAGCAGGCGAAUGGAGUGACAUUUGUAAGGUGGUGACUCCAGAGAUGCGUGGGAAAGUCAAAGGCAGAUGGGGACUGCUGCGAAACGUUCAGGCUGCGUUCCAAAGACAUUCCUGA